CACAAAACAACCGAGUGUGAAGCUUUCCUUUUUCUAAUUGUUGGGUUUAUCUGUAGGUCUCUGCUUCGGUGACAAAUGAACGCUUCAGAUAAUAUAACGGAAUCAGAGGAGAAUUAUUGGUCCAAAAUUGAGAAGUCUGUGCUCACUCCCAUUCUCACCACUGAGAUGGUGCUGGGUGUUUUGGGAAAUGGAUUGGUUUUGGUAGUCAAAGUAGUGUGUAAAGACCAUUUUCAGUGCCUUUACUGGCUGCCACUUUUCAGUCUCACGCUCUCAGAUUUCUUCUGCUCCAUCCUCAUCAUCUGUGGCUCCCUCUUAGCUGUGCUGAGUGAAGGUCAGAUUUCACCGUGGUGUGAGGUGGUGAGCUUGCUAAAGUUCACCUUCAUCACCUCUUCCAUUGGAAGCAUAGCUAUUUUCUGUGUACAGAGAUUUAUGGGAAUUCCUUCUAAAGGUAAAAGACUGUCUGUUCUCAUGGCGGUGGCAUGUGUGGCAUCAUGGUGCACUGGAGCUAUAUUUGGAGCAGUGCCAGUAGCCUUUGACUGGAUAAGGUAUGAUCCAGCAGAAAUGCUGUGUGCAGUGUUCUGGGAAAGCAGUUACUCUGACAUGCUGGUUUACAUCCUCUGUGCCUUCUCCAUCUCCAUCUUCAUCCCAUUUCUACUCAUACUCUCCUGCUCCAUCCUGACUUGUGUAGGCCUUGGAAAAGACGGUUCCAGCCAGGGUGACCUGUCUUCUGUCACGCCACUGCUGGUGAUCUUGUAUCUGUUCUGCUAUGCUCCAUUUGCUGCAUCCGAGUUGGUUCUCCUUGGAAGGCUUGGUCUAUCCCCAUCCCCUGAAUGGCUGUGAUCACUGUCAUCAGUAAUGGUGUAUCUGGACUGUGGUUUAAACCUUUAUCUACUGCACUAAUAAAGACUUCCGAAAAGCAGUACUCAUACUGUUUUGGAACAAAAGGAGAUCAGCUUUUCCCGAUCCAAUGCUGACCGGCAUUACAAGGCUUGAAAUAUGAAGAUUUAAAAUAAAGAUGAUUGAAAAGUUG